CCUAGGAGAUUCCAUAAGGUGGGGUUAGCCCAAGGCGUAGGGCGGAGACCGUCGCGGGUCCUGGGGCGCCUUGGUCCGUCUCUCCCCCUCGCCUCCCGCUGUCCGAGACGUAUGUCCCGCUCGCAGGCCGUUUAGAUGCUUCGAAACGGUGAGCAGGGGCAUAUUUGGGGUGGAGCCCAGAGAUCUGGAGGUGGGAAUCUGCUGGGAGCAGAGGCUUGCAAUCCGGAAAGGGAGCUGCAGCCUGGGUGUUGGCUCCCAGUUUACCAGGACAGUGCCGGCGGGUAAAGCUGGGUAUGGGGAGGUGGUGGGGUGCAACGCGGUGUGUUAGCGGAGCCCCGAGAGAGGUAAUAAGGGUGGGAACCCUUUGACAAUCGGGCCUCCGAAUUUGAAAAGAGUUUCGUGUUCUGGGGACUGGUCCGUCCAGCAAGCACUCAGUAGCGGCUGUUUCCCGUCUUUCUGUCUGUGUCUGUGGCUUCCUGACCGUGGCUCUGUGUCUAGUGGGUCCGAUCCUCUCUCGGGUGGCCAGUCUUUACGUAGGUUUCGGCACAACGCUGGGCAAGAGAAGAGGAAGGAAAUCAACCUCGAUCGGUGAAGGUCGAUUUGAGGCAGGUCUGCUGUAGCAGGUGGCACCGCUUGAAGCGAGGGAGGAAGUUUCCCCCCCAUCAGCAGUCGAGAUCCCAAGGGUUGCUGGGCGUGGCACACCUCCAGGGGAGGGAAGAAGGAGCAAACUGCCCUGUCUUGUGGAGGUCCACCUGCAGUAUCAGCUGUUGUGGCCUUGAAGUGGCUGAAGACUACUACCCUCCACAGGCCUAAAUCCAGGCCCACAGCCAUCCUCCCCCGGCCUGAGUGACUACUCUGUUCCUUGGUCCCUGCUAUUGUCAGGGACGAUUGCAUGGGCUACGCUAGGAAAGUAGGCUGGGUGACAGCGGGACUGGUGAUCGGGGCUGGUGCCUGCUAUUGCAUUUAUAGACUGACCAGAGGAAGAAAACAGAACAAAGAGAAAAUGGCUGAGGGCGGGUCUGGGGAUAUGGAUGAUACUGGCGACUGUUCUGGGGGCAGGUACAACGACUGGUCUGAUGAUGAUGACGACAACAAUGAGAACAAGGGCGUUGUAUGGUACCCGCCUUGGGCCCGGAUUGGGACUGAGGCCGGGACCAGAGCUAGGGCCAGGGCCAGGGCCAGGGCCACCCGGGCACGUCGGGCCGUCCAGAAACGGGCUUCCCCCAAUUCAGAUGAUACUAUUUUGUCCCCUCUAGAGCUGCAAAAAGUUCUUUGCUUGGUUGAGAUGUCUGAAAAGCCUUAUAUUCUUGAAGCAGCUUUAAUUGCUCUGGGUAACAAUGCUGCUUAUGCAUUUAAUAGAGACAUUAUUCGGGAUCUGGGUGGUCUCCCAAUCGUUGCAAAGAUUCUCAAUACCCGCGAUCCCAUAGUUAAGGAAAAAGCUUUAAUUGUUCUGAAUAACUUGAGCGUGAAUGCUGAAAAUCAGCGCAGGCUUAAGAUAUACAUGAAUCAAGUGUGUGACGACACAGUCACGUCUCGCUUGAACUCAUCUGUGCAGCUGGCUGGACUAAGACUGCUUACAAAUAUGACUGUUACCAAUGAGCAUCAGCACAUGCUUGCUAAUUCCAUUUCAGACUUUUUUCGUUUAUUUUCAGCAGGAAAUGAAGAAACCAAGCUUCAGGUUUUGAAACUCCUUUUGAAUCUGGCUGAAAAUCCAGCCAUGACUAGAGAACUGCUCAGGGCCCAAGUACCGUCUUCACUGGGUUCCCUCUUUAAUAAGAAGGAGAACAAAGAUAUUAUUCUUAAACUUUUGAUCAUAUUUGAGAAUAUAAGUGACAAUUUUAAAUGGGAAGAAAAUGAACCUACUCAGAACCACUUCGGCGAAGGUUCACUUUUUUUCUUUUUUAAAGAAUUUCAAGUAUGUGCUGAUAAGGUUUUGGGAAUAGAAAGUCACCAUGAUUUUUUGGUGAAAGUAAAAAUUGGAAAAUUCAUGGCCAAACUGGCUGAGCAUAUGUUUCCAAAGAGCCAGGAAUAACGUCUUAAUUUUGCAGUCUAGAAGCAAUGUGUAUUAUAAGCUAGUCCUUUUCUCCACCUUGUUUAUUUGGUAAAGGAAUCCUUUCAGCUGCCAAUUUUGAAUAAUGAAUAUCAUACUGUAUCAUCAAUGCUGAUAUUUUCCAAGUUGGCCUUCAGGUUUCAGCUGGAUGAAUGAAUAUUAUACUUGUUCUGAAAACAUGUUUGUUGCUUUUUAUCUUGCUGCCUAGAUGGAAAUGUUUUUACUAUUUUCUCAGCAUAAGUGACAGUGAACCAAUUCAUCGUAAGUGAGCUCCUUUCUGUCAUUUGCAUUGACUUCAUUCGUGUCUCAUCAAUAGAAUUGUGGAAAGAAAAGGGGAAGGAAAAAAAGGGAAAGGACGACAGAAACCAUCUUUGUCUUUUGGUUUAUAAUCUAGUUGAAGAGAUAAGAAACGUACAGACAGAAAGAUAACAGAAUAGCUUGAGCGUAUGCUUGUUGUCAAAUGUGCACUCUCAGAGUACAGAGGAGACAGAGGUUUCUGUGGGUAAGGAUAGUCAGCUAAAGCUUCUUGGAGGAGAUAGGAGUGAGGGAGGAUGGGGUGAGAAAAGCAUAGAGGUAGGAACCCUGUUUCGGUGAGGAAACCAAUCUGUUUACAGUGGAGAGUGUGGGAAGCGGGAGUAGGGCGUACAUUUGGAGGGCUGGAUGAGGCUAGUUUGUGGAAAGCUGUUUGAAUAUUAUCUCAUUGAACACUGAGAGCCUCUAAAUAUUUUCAACUAGAUAGAAUAUUUGGGACCCAUAUAAAAAUCUUUCUCUCCUACUGUGCAGUGUUGGAAAGAGCGUGGCAAAAUGGACACUUUCAAACCCUGGCAAUGGGAAUGAGUUUACGCUGGCACCAGGUUUGCGGAGGGCCAUUUGGUAAUAUAUAGCAUAAGCUUCAAACAUGUAAACUCUUUGACUCACAGGAAUUUGUCCUAAGUAAAAAACUGAAUAAUUGGCCAAACAGUAUAUGUACAAGGCUGUUCAUCCUAGUGCUAUCUAAAGUAGUAAAAAUUGGGAACAACCUAAGUGUCUAGUACACUGGGUGGGUUAAAUAAAUUAUGGCAUGUUCACACAGUGGAAUGCAAUAAAUAUGUUGAUGAAAAUUUACAUUGCCAGGAAAAGAUAUUCACCAUGCAUUGUUGAGUGAGAAAGGUAGAGUUAGAUAGCAGUAAUCAUAGUAUGAUUGCACUUUUUUUUUAAUAGUAAAGCAUAUGUUUAAAUAGACAUUACAAACUCUGGAAAUAUAGAUACCCAAACAGUCUUAUCUCUGGGUGGGAAAUGAGUGAUUUUUACCUUUUUACUUUUUAUUCAUCUAUGUGUUCUCAUUUACCUAUAAUGAGCAUUGAUUUUUAGGAAAUUUUUGAAAAAGAAAAGUAUUGGGAAUGAAGCAGGUGAUCGACUGGAGUAUGUACUGAGUGGAAAAACAUUUGGAUUAAAAAUUCAGUGCUUCCUCUCUGAAAUCGAAGCUUCCUCUCUGAAAUGACAGAUAAGUGGAGAAGAUGGGCCUUGUCAUGAGGAUUAAAUGAAGUAAUACAUGCAAAGUACUUACAAUGUUCUGGCACAUAGCAGUUAAUCGAGAAAAGUGAGCACCCUUAAUUCCUUAGAAUGCAGGGGUGAUAGUUUUUUGGUUGACCUUUGUUUUGCUGGGGUAUUCUGCCAUGUGUCAGUGUCAUUUAAUUAAAAAAAAUAACAAUAAAAGUUAACAUUUAUUAAGUGACUAUUUGUAGAGUUCUGUCAUUCCUGCAAAGCAACCUUCCAAAUAGUUUCUCAAAGGAAUAAAGUUUUUGUUCUUUUUUAAGAGACCAAGUGUUUCCUCAGACAUGAUCUCACCAACCUCCACAACAUAGUCCUACUUGGUUUGGAAGGCCAGAUGAUGGUAUCCUAUUUUAUUGUAUGAGGCCAGGAAAGAGUAAAAUCUUCUGGCUAGUUCAAUACUAGUUUUAACUCCAGGUCUCUAGAUACUCUAAUGUCUGUAGUAGACAAAAGGAUCAGAGACUGGUUGGUUUACAGUUAUUGGGUAUGGUGACCCUACUGAACCAUGUACAAGUGGGGACUCAUUUGACACGAGUUUUAAGGGGCGGGGAUGAGGGGAAGGGAAUUAAAAUUUUCCUUGCUCCUAUUGUUAGGUGGAAGAAACAGAUUUGGGAGGGAACGAGGAUGAAUCCAGCUUAAAAUAAAUAGAGUUUGAAAGGUACCUAGUUAGCCCAGAUGGUUUGCACUUGGCUGGUAACCAAAAGAUUGGUGGUUCGAAUCCACCCAGUGGCACCAUGGAAGAAACAGGCCUGGCGAUCUGCUUCUGUAAGUUACAGCCAAGAAUGCCCUGUGGAGCAGUUCUGCUGUGUAACACAGGGGUCUCUUAAGUCACAAAUUAACCACAACAACAACAACAACAAAAAAACGAAAAACCAACAAUAAAAUAAUGUUUGAGGUACCUGUUGGGACAUUGAGAUAGGAACACACUGUUGUCAUUUGAAUGCAUUAAUCAGAGUUCAGAGGAGAAGUCCGGGCUGCAAAUAGGAUUUGGGAUUGAGGACACAGGAGUGGAUGUGGUCCUUCAGAGAGAAGAUGCAGAGUGAAGGGCCGAGGGCUGCAAAUAGAAUUCUGUAAGGGACUGUGACAGCUGUGGAGUGCAGGACAGAAUUGAAACUGAGUGUAUACCCUUCCAGACAUUUUUACUACACAUAUAUCUAUAUAUUCUUCACAUGAGGUUGGAUCAUGCUGCAGAUACAUUUUCAGAAUCUGAUUUAAUUUUUUCCUCACAAAAAUAAUAAAUAAUAAUAAAUAUUUACUAGAGAUAGUUGAGAAAAUAGAGGCAAUGACUGCAAACUUGUCCCCUGACCCAGAUAUGCAACUUAAGCAUCUAAGAAAUAUUCAUUUCAAGGCAUGUUGAUCUUGAGGUGCUGAGUGACUCUUGCAGCUGGGGUGAACAUGACAUUAACUUCCCAGUAAUAAGAAGCCAAGGGGCCCUGGUGGCGCAAUGGUUACGUGCUUGACUGCUAACAGGAAGGUCAGCGGUUUGAACACACGAGUGGGAGAAAAGACCUGGCAAUGUGCUCCCAUAAAGGUUACAGCCAGAAAGCCCUAUGGAGCAGUUCUACUCUGACCUAUAGGGUCGCUGUGAGCCGGAAUUGACUCUACAGCACACAACAAUGAUAAUAAAAAGCCACAGCGAGGCAGGGGCACAAGCCUUCGGGAGAAAGAUGUGGCAGUCUGCCUCUGUAAAGAUUUACAGCCUUGGAAGCCCUAUGGAGCUGCCCUAUAGGGUUGCUAUGAGUCAGAAUCUACGCAACGGCAGUGGAUUUGGUUUGGUUGUCCCUUCUCAUUUUUCUUUCUUCCUCCCUCAUACUUUUUUAUUUCCUCCCGGAGAGAUAAUUGGUGAUAGUUUUUAGGGGUUGAUGUGCUUCUGUGUCUUUCGAGAUGACCCUUUAAUUCUCAUGAAACUAUCGCACACACCAAAAACAAACCUGUUGCUGUUGGGUUGAUUCCAACUUAUAGCAACCUUAUAGGACAAGAGUAGAAUAGUCCCAUAAGGUUUUCAAGGCUGUAAUCUUUACAGAAGCAGAUUGACACAGCUUUCUCCUAUGGAGUGACUGGUGGGUUCAAACUGCCAACCUUUCUGUUAGCAGAACCGCUGCUUAACCACUGUGCAACCAGGCCUCCUUUCUCAUGCACCAUUGGGCAUUUAAUACGGAAUAGUAAUUGUCGUUGUUAUAGUCAUAAGGUGACUCUGGUUGCAACUGAAUACCAAGAUUUUUUGGAACCCUUGUUGAACAGAGACUGGGAAAGAAUGAACUAGCCUUAGACUGACACAGCCCUCCGUGCACUGCAUGCACUUUU